ACAGGCUAUAGGCGCCGAGACGCGCUAAUUCAAUACAUUCUGUCCCUUCAUCUAGAUAACAGUUUUAGGGCUUUAUAUGGCAAAUAGUCUUGAAGACAAGGUCGACUCCCUUGCAAACCGGAACGUUUCUAGCACAGAUACAGAUGCGCGAUACCUUGCAUACACUUCGCGUGUUAUGACUGCCGUGAGAGCGUCUUCAAGGUAUAUCGCAUAUACAUCUGAUCUGGGAGAAGCGUUCCGUCCUGUGGUCCAUCCUGCUGUCGUAACGGCCUGUUACGCUGUGUCAUGGUUGUAUCUCAGUGGAGAUGUCGCCUUCGAGACAUACAAAGCGAAGCGUCAGGGCCCAACGGUGGAAGAUUUAGCGACCUGGUCAGAACCGACACGGCUUACUAUGACUGCCCUCCAGAGAAGCGUCUUCCAAUCAAUAGCUUCUAUGGCAUUACCAGCAUUCACGAUCCAUUCUGUCGUCAGAUACUCGGUCAGAGCAUUCAAUAAUGCUAAAAGCCCUCGAGUCAAGGCUUGGGGUCCCAGCAUAACCGGACUCGCUGUCAUUCCUGUGCUACCGUUCUUAUACGAUCACCCUGUAGAAACGGCUACCGAAGCCGCAUUCGGCUGGAUCAAGGAGAGAAUCCGCGAGGGGAGUGGCCGUGUUCCGCCGAGUAAAGUCGACUUCUAAUUUAGACUGGGAAGCUCCAUUCGGAAGAGUAACCGGUGCUGGAGCUCGUAUCUGGGGCGCAGAAAGCGCGACCCGAAUUUGAGAUGAAAUAUUUAUCAUUCGGUAGACGAUUCCAUGCAUGGCUGAACGCGGGGUACACGGUUAAGAUGACUCAUUGAAUUUGUACCGAACCAGUUCAGCCAUUUGUUGC